CGGACUAUCUUCCCACUUGGUGUUAUACCGAGGUUUUUGCAUUCUGAUGGUACCGUGGGAAAGGAAUCGAAAUAAUUCCGUUGUCGAGUCAGAAACAUCAUUUCUAAUUUCGUCCGUAUUACCUUUUGAUGUUCUAGUUUUUCUCGGCUGAAUUAAGUAAUAUUGGAUAUCGAUUUACAUUUCCACCAACGCGUAUUUAGAUCUGGCUGAAAAGGUUUGUUCUUCAAUUAUAGACGAUACGAAAAUAUCGUUGUAUUCGAUCAAAUGAGACUUCAGAGAAAGAACGUUUUGUAAUCUGUUCGAUCAGACUUCAUCUGAGAUAAAAAGAAAAAUUGCUCGCAAGCUUGAAUAACCACGCAAAUUGCUUUUCUCAUGAAAGUUCAACGAAGAAGAAAUGUUCUUCCACGAUCCUCAAUCUUGCUUCGUAUAAUCCAUAGCAUCGCCGUAAUCUUUGUACAAUAUUCUUACAUUGCAAUAAUUCAAAAGCUGCAUUAUCGGAUGUAUCUGCAGCACUCUCAUCUUUUAUUCAGUAGUAUCUUCAAAGUGCACCACCGUGUGUCUCAACAGCCACAGUCAUGUGUAAGAAAAAGUUCGAACGAAGAGAGUUAAGGAGGAAUCAAGUCGGAGGUAAGCUCUAAAGUGAACAAUUUCAAAACUAGUGCAUACUUGGUACAAUGAAACGUCAAGCGAAAAAAUAUUGAGGAAUUCGUUUUAGAAGACGAAGAUGCGUUUUUGACUGAAUGAACACCUGCCGGAUGCACUAUUUCUUUUGGGAUUUGAUUAGCUGUCGCAUUAGCCGGGCGAGGCAUGUCAGAAGGUCGGAAAAGCAGCAACCCUAUCGACAUGACUGUUCCACGUCGAGCCACAUUGAUAAAACUACUGAGUUUGACACACGGAUGGCACAGUCUACAGAUCAUGUCUUUGGAGAGCAAUACGUCGGAAGAAGAGAAAGAAGAUCGAUGCAGAGAGAAAGCCCGGUGUGCCUUACCAUCGGGAUGCGGAGGAACAUGGUGGAAAAGGAAAGGGAGAGAAGGGGAAAAACCUCGCCAUAUUUAAAUCUCCUUGAUUCAGUUCAAAGAAUGGAAGCCGGCCAUUCAUCUCGACAAUCGCUACAGACUGAUGAGACACGAACCGAUGUUAGAUGCUGACGGCAAAGUGACCGAUGUGCUUGGAGAAGAUUGUAAUUGAGAAGAAAGAGAAAACAAUCGCGUAAUUUUAAUGGCUUCAAAUUUAAAUACAAUUAUUGCAACGCAUUGUAACGGCGUUAACAACAUUUUAUGAUGACAGGAGGAAGAGUUUCUUAAGUCAAUAAA